AUGCAGGGAAUGUCAUUUAAAUCGCUGCAAAAACACAAGGCCCUAAUUCCCUUGUACGUGUUCGUGGGAAUUGGUUGCGCCGGUGCCGUUUUCUACACCGCUAGACUGGCCCUGAGAAAUCCCGAUGUCCAAUGGAACAGAACGGGCGAAAUCUCCAACGAACACUUCAGGGACAAGCAAUACAAAUUCUACUCGCCGAACUACAGUCAAGCCCAGAGCCCCGCACCGAAAUACUAA